AAAAGGAUAAGAUAUUAUGAUAUAAAGCGCUGCUUCUUCAUGAAAUGAGCAAGAGAAAAUUAAAGCUCUAACAGAAGAACCUCAGUGACUCUGCUCAAUGCCUCAAACUAUAUUCCUCAAGCCAUUUAUUCCAGCUCCACCUUCAGUUAAUUUCGGCCAACAGGAUGUGCUUUUUAAUCCUCCUGGUUCCAAUGUUAAAAUCCCAGGGCGAGUCGGAGUAAUUUGUAUGGGUAUGUUGGCGCCAAGGAAGUGGAUGCAGAAGAGGAAGAAAGUGGAAAUAUUUAAUGAUGCAUUUGACGAAGCUGAUCAGAAGAAUUGGAGGAAACUGAUGAAUCAAAUUGAGGAGACAGGUUCUGCGGUUGCAGUGUUAAGAAGUGAAAGGACCGGAGGGCAGCCUCUUCCUAAAGACUUGGUUUUGGGCACCUUGGUUAGAUUUAAGCAGCUAAAGAAAUGGAACCUUGUUUGUGAGAUACUUGAAUGGCUGCGCAUACAGAGUUGGUGGGAUUUCAAUGAAAUGGAUUUCCUGAUGCUUAUUACAGCAUAUGGAAAGCUGGGGGACUUCAACAAGGCUGAGAAGGUCUUAAGUUUCAUGAAUAGGAAGGGCUAUGUGCCAAAUGUUGUAUCCCACACUGCUCUUAUGGAAGCAUAUGGAAAAGGAGGCCGAUACAAUAAUGCUGAGGCAAUAUUUAGAAGAAUGCAGUCAUUGGGCCCUGCACCUUCUGCUUUAACGUAUCAAAUUAUUCUUAAAUUAUUUGUGGAGGGAAACAAGUUUAAGGAAGCUGAAGAACUUUUUAUGACCCUUCUGAAUGAGGAAAAAUCACCUCUGAAGCCAGACCAGAAAAUGUUCCACAUGAUGAUCUAUAUGCAUAAGAAGGCUGGGAAUUAUGAAAAGGCUCGUAAAAUAUUUGCACUGAUGGCUGAGCGCGGAGUCGAGCAAUCCACUGUCACUUAUAAUAGUCUUAUGUCAUUUGAGAAUAACUACAAGGAGGUUUCUAAUAUCUAUAACCAGAUGCAAAGAGCCAAUCUGAGACCUGAUGUGAUUAGCUAUGCCUUACUCAUUAAGGCUUAUGGGAAAGGUCGAAGAGAAGAUGAAGCUUUAGCUGUUUUUGAGGAGAUGCUGGAUGCUCGUGUCAGACCAACCCGCAAAGCUUAUAAUAUCUUGCUUGAUGCAUUUGCAAUCUCGGGGAUGGUGGAACAGGCCCGGACUGUCUUCAAGAGCAUGAGAAGGAACAGAUGCACCCCAGAUAUUUGCUCUUAUACGACUAUGUUAUCAGCUUAUGUGAACUCAUCUGACUUGGAAGGGGCUGAAAAGUUCUUCAGAAGAUUGAAACAAGAUGGAUUUGAGCCUAACAUUGUCACUUAUGGGACCCUGAUCAAAGGAUAUGCUAAGGCAAAUAAUCUUGAAAAAAUGAUGGAAAUUUAUGAAAAAAUGCGAGUAGGUGGUAUAAAAGCCAAUCAAACAGUCUUCACUACAAUCAUGGAUGCAUAUGGCAAGAACAAGGAUUUUGACAGUGCUGUUGUUUGGUAUAAGGAAAUGGAAUCUUGUGGUGUUUCUCCAGACCAGAAAGCAAAGAAUAUUUUGUUGUCUCUGGCUCGGACUGCAGAUGAACAGCAAGAAGCUAAUGAAGUUGUAGGAAAUUUGGAUUAUCAGGGCAAUGAGCCUAAGAUUAAUGGAGUAUCUAGAUUUGUUGAUGACGAAGAUGAGGAUGCUAAAGAGGCCAUUUCUUAUAAUGAAAUGCAGGAUGAAUUGACAUUUUGUAAUGAUGAUGAGCAAAAUGAAAAAGUUAUACGAACUCUACAAACAGUUGAUUUGUGAAUUCAGUUAUUUUGGUCUUUGGUAUAUUUGUAUUACCAAAAUCUUGACAAAUUACUUCAGCGUUUAUCAACACACUCUUCAUGUAAAUGAAGUCAUCAUCAUCCCAUUGUGUCUUAUUGGAUCUUGUGACAGUAUUUUGUUGUUGAUAUUUUAUAAAAUGAGUCAAUUUUGGCCUGUCCAA